UUCCUCUUCAUCGGCCAGCCAAGGAAAGUCACCUGUCUUCUCCGACAAAUGGUCUUCACCAUUGUUUUCUCAUCUGCCAUCUCUUCUGUGUUGGCAAAAACCAUCACUGUGGUGUUGGCCUUCUUGGCCACCCAACCUGGGAACAGGCUGAGGAAAUGGCUGGGGAAGAGUCUGGCCAACUCCAUUGUCAUUUCCUGUUCCACUGUCCAAGUUGUCAUUUGCAUCACCUGGCUAGGACUUUCUCCCCCAUUCCCGGACUCUGACAUGAGCUCCCUACCUGGAGAGAUCAUCUUGCAAUGCAACGAAGGGUCUGUUACUAUGUUUUAUUCUGCCCUUGGCUACAUGGGCUUCCUGGCUGCCAUCUGCUUCACGGUGGCUUUCCUAGCAAGGAAAUUGCCUGGGGCCUUCAAUGAAGCCAAGCUGAUCACCUUCAGCAUGCUGGUCUUCUGCAGUGUUUGGGUGUCCUUUGUGAGGAUAGUGGCUCAGUCCUGGGGCACUAAUUCAUAA